AUAAACAAAUGGAGUGUUCAGGGCAGGAGAGCCUCCCUUUCUGGUGCUAAAACAAAAUGGCCUUCCUUUGCAGCCUGUUAGCCCCGGGAGCCUUCUGUACCCUGUGGUGGUGCCAACACCUGUGUUACCUGAAAUUAAUAAAAAGUAAUUCCCAAAACAAAGGAGUUUUUUUAGAGCGGAGGUAUUGUUUUUAUUCUGCAAAGGGUGCUAGGUGGAAAAUUUUCCAGAAAACUAGCAGUAUCGAAGACCCCAAAGGCCUGUGUAUAGAAAGCUGAUGCUCAAAAUCCCACGUAUCUAAUGUAAUUGUUACACCUGUCUAAUACAGAUAUUCAUUAGGUUACACUAUUCUACUUUAACACAAAAUUCCUUAUUUCCGUUCCACAUCUUUAGUUAGGAUUAGGAUGUCCUUCAGGUAAUCCUUAAACAAUCAUGAAUUCUCCCUAUCUGAUCUCCCUUUCCUUGUUUCAUCACAUGUUUUCAACCUUGAAUCAAUUAGCCACUGAGUUCAUCAUUUUCUUAAGCCCAAGUGUCUACAUUCCUGAGCAGAGGCCAAGAUGUUUGCAGAAGAUAUUAAGUGUCUGCAUCUAUGGGCUGAUAGUAAGAAGUUUGUAGAAGAUACCAAGUGUCCGUGUCUCAGGAAUCAGGGUAUUUGUAGUAAGUAAAUGAGGUGCAAAAAACGUUCAUCUUAUCCGCUUGGGUAAUACCUGAAAAGUUUGUCUACCCAUCAGAGACCAGGGAGUGCCUAUGUGAAGUUCAGGUCGCUUUGAUCAUCUUUAAAAAGGCAAGGAGAGCUCAGAAAUGCACAUGGCCGCAUCUCUGAACUGCAGCUACAUAAGCUGAGAAGGUGAAAGGUCAUCACCCUGUAAACAGGGCUUUCUGUUCAAACAUACUGUGUAGUAAGAAGACUAAAACUAAAACCUGGUAGGAAUGCAUCUAUGUGGGUUAUAUUUAUAGACCACACUUUAAGUUUGAGGCUUCUUUGCUGUUUACCUUCAACUUAAUAUGUGAGCUGCUGUGAUGCUUGACCAGACUUAAGGAAAGCUACUAUUAACUUUGUCCUAAUAAGCAUUUUGCCAGAAAUUUGAUGGUAUUAAGGGUAGCAAGUUACUUUUUUUAAUAAGGUGCUAAAUCUGAUUUUGAUCUUUGGAUGUUCCCCCUUGCUUUUUGAAAUGUUUGAAUUAUAAGGGUCAAAAAGCAUCUACUUUUACAGAAAGGGACAGGAAGACUUGCAAAAUCUGAAUAUCUAUUUCAGGCAACAGUGUCAGGAAGCUGCAGAAAAGUACCAUGGCCGUGUUAUUUUAAAUUAGUUGUAAUCCUUCGUGCCCCAUAGGUUUGCAAGCCAGUUAAAACAUUGGUCUGGGUUUGGACACUGCUAUUCAUUGACAUUCACAAGCAUUUGAACCCCUUCUGUCCCUGACCAAAGUCAAAACAUGAAUAGAAAUUUCAGAGAUGGAUAUCUUAUGCAAAAUGCAGUUUGUAAACUCACUAACUCAGUGAGACUCACUAAGAGAGGCUCACGAACUCGCUGAGUAGGAUUCUCAUCCCAAACUAGAGAUCCAGGUGCUUAAACAGCAAAGCUCAUGGGGCCAUAUGUAGGAGUAAUCGGAUUUGCUGACAGCUGUUGAAAAGAUUGCUGAAAGAGUAGUUGAAUGCAGACUUCUUGGCUUGUGAUGUUAGCUUCUUAAAUGCUAAGACAAAUAAAAGCUUGGCUGUUCCACUAAGAAACCUUUUGCUGCAUGGAUUAACGAGCUUGUUCAAACAGCAAAUAAUUUUUGUUAAAAUUUAUUUUAUACAUUAUUUUAAGUGUAUUUGAGAUAUCCUUUAGCAUCAAUUAGUAGAUUCAUCGUCCUGCAGCUCUGAUUUCAGAAGGUGUCAGGAGACUUCAUAGGCCACCUCUUUCAGCCAGCUGCUUCCUUGCAAAUGGUCAAGGUUAGUUAAGGGUAUAGGAUGCAGCUGUCUUUUUCAGAUUCUAGCUGGAACGGGGAGGGUGUGCAAAUUUUCCUUGCUUUGAUAAAAAUGGUGGUGUUUAUUCAGGAAGGCAGUGAUGGGGAAUAGACCUGUAAUUUCUGCAUGCCAGCUUCCUGAGUGCAAGAAUGUUUUAAACACAUUCUGAUAAUGAUACUGAUGAUACAAGCAGAGGAGGGCUGCAAAGAUGAUCAGAGGGCUGGAGCACCUCCCAUACCAGGACAGGCUGAGAGAGUUGGGGUUGUUCAGCCUAGAGAAGAGAAGGCUCCCAGGAGACCUUAUAGCAGCCUUCCAUUACAUGAAGGGGGCCUACAAGAAAGCUCGGGAGAGACUUUCUACAAAGGCUUGUAGUGAUAGGAGUGGGACAGAUUUAGAGUAGACAUAAGGAGGAAUUUCUUCGGUAUGAGAGUGGUGAGGCACUGGCACAGGUUGCCCAGGGAAGCUGUGGCUGCCCCAUCCCUGGAGGUGUUCAAGGCCAGGUUGGAUGGGGCCUUGUGCAGCCUGAUCUGAUGGGAGGUGUCCCUGCCUAUGACAGGAGGGUUGGAACUAGACAAUCUUUAAGGUCCCUUCCAACCCAAACUAUUCUGUGAUUCUAUGAUGAAGAAUGAACCUGGGAAUAAUACUAUUGUUACUGAUUUGGAUGUAUUGUUCUUUUGACGAAGAGGUGCAAAUACAGAGCAGGUCAUACGAAGUACCCUAAUUAAAGAGGCCGUGCCAGUUGUAUUAGUUGUAUUAUCCAUAGACUUUAUGAUUGAAAUAUGAAAUGUAUCUUUCUCACAUAUACAAAUAUUACUGUUUAAAGCAUUUUUCCAGUAACACCUACUGUUAAUAGUCAAGUUGAACGUUAACUGCUUUCUUGGUUUCUUAGGAUGUCUUAACAUUAAUACUUGUUCAACUCUUGCUCAGCUUUCACUUGUCUGUCAUCCUUUUGAUGACAAACAUUUUUUAUGUUACUUUGACCUUCUUGAAUGCUUGUUUGAAGAACUCUUCAAUCUUGAGUGAUAUUUCCUCACAUAUUAGUUUCUACAGGCUGCUGUUUGGCUGUAUCAUUCUAUGCAGGGAAUCAGGCUUCUCUCAAAGUCAGCUUCUUUCAAAGUGCGUCUUCCUGCUUAGCCCUGCCCUCCCUCCCCGCCUUGCACCUUCCAUCUGGCAGAGAGAAAUGUAGUGGCACCACAGGGAAGCACGAAGCUGCUAGCCAUCAAGGCAUCAGUUGAAUUUCCUAAAAUGUUGUCUUCUAGCUCUCUCCUAGCAUCUGAAAACAAAGGUGAGAGCAUAUCUAGUACUAACCUCAAGGAAGGUUCAGAACCAGCUGCUGAAGACAUAAGGAUGUUCAUGUCAAGAAAAACUGUGGUUGCGUUUCCACAGCGAGUAGUUGUUUCUUCCCUUGAGGAGGAAAAGCUCACUACACCUAUAACAGGAGGAGGCUUGAGGAGAGAGUUAGCUGAGGAAGAAACUUCGUCUUCAUCCAGCUCAGAUUCAGAUUCUAGCUCAGAUUCUGAAGAAGAAAUUGAUAAUGAUGACCAUUCAGAAGUUGCCAUUAAAACCAAAGUUGAGUUUCCUAGACGAGAUUCCAUCUUUUCUGAGAACAUAGCAGUAAAGGCAUCGAUGCUAGCAAAAGAGAACUUGUCCCAGAAAUCCCCAAAAGAAUAUGUAGCUAAGAAGAAGCUACGCAAAACAGAAACUGAUGUGUCUCCUAUCAAGCAGGUUGCAUUCUCUAAAACAUCAAUCAGCCAUGUAACAUCAAAAUCCAAAGCAAGACACCCUGAAGUAAAAGCAAGACACCCUGAAGUAAAAGCAACUCCAAAAGAAGCAGAUCAGCAGAAGCUCGUCUUAGAACCACGCAUGGUUAAAAGACGAGACCUGACCGAUAUCACUCGUAAAUCUGACAAUUUGGAAGAAAAAUCCAUUGAAACCCAAGUAGCAGCUAUUCAGCUGAAAGCUUCAUCAGUGGCUCAGGAAGACAAAAAGAAAAAACUGGUAUCCAGAGGAGAAGAAAAAAAGGUCAAGGAGGCACAGGAGUCAGAAGCAGAAGUAACUGCUCCUAAACUAAAAGAAGAAACUUCUGAAAGCACUGUGUUGGCGAUGAGCACUGCAGCAAAGGAGAAAACCAUUCAGGAAGCAGGAGUCCAGGCUGGAGAAAAAAGCACAAUAGAGGAGGCCACCGCAGCUGCUGAGCCUGCUCCAGAAGAAGAAUUUGAUAAUUCUACCUACAAGAACCUCCAGCAUCAUGAUUAUAACAUCUAUACCUUUGCAGAUGCUGUUGUGGGUCUCUCGAAAUUCAGGCAGCCUCAGCCAUCUUCUGGAAGACCGUCACCAAGGCACUGAAUGAACCACAUUCAAAACAAAUGCUGAGGCAGAAUGAUAAAUUGUUCUAUUUAGCACAGUUGCUUCAUCUGUAUUAUAAAUCAGAUAAUAAUAAAUAAAAGCAUGAUAACUUA